AUGUGCGAUGAACUUGGUAAAAAUGUUGAGGAGAUUACUAGGAAAAACAAAACGAUCAUGAAUCAAACCCUCGAGCAACUUGUGAAUUUAAGUUUAUCGCUUGGGACAGCAUCCGGUGAAAUGAAUAGAAUAGAAAAUCUAUUCGUUGAAAUCAGUAAUAAUCUGAAAAAAUAUAAAGAUGAUAUUGCAACGACUGAAGAAAAGGUAGGGGGAUUCCGUGACUUACUGGAUGGAACUAUACUUCAGAUUAAUAGAGCACGGCUGGCCAGGACUCCGGCCUAUAGCAACCAAGCACAACAGUGUUCUAUAUGUAAUAAUCCAUACGUGUUUCUUAAAUGGUGUAAAUUUUGUGAUCGGGAACAGUUUCGGCAACAGUUCCCAAAUUGGGGGAGUGGUAAUACAGAGUUCGAUAAAAUUAUUCGCGAUUCACAGCUCUCCAUUAAGUAUCCCAAUGGAUAUAUACAAUGGAUCCCUUAUGAAAAAUUUCAUAAUAUUACAUUCGUGGGUUCCGGUUCAUUCGCAAAAGUUUAUAGGGCCGAUUGGGUUGAAGGAUUUGGUAUCUGGGAUUAUGCCCUUGGAAGGAGAGUUCUUUAUCCAAAUACUCCUGUGGCUUUGAAAGAACUCACAAAUUCAAAGGACAUAAGCAAGAACUUCCUCGAUGAGGUCGUUGCAUAUGUCAAGUCAUCCUCCAGCACAGUUCUUCGCUGCUAUGGCAUCUCAAAAAAUCCAGAAACCAAUGACUAUAUUAUAGUCUUUCCUUAUGCUCACGGGGGCAAUUUGAAUAAAUAUUUGGAAAAAAGGCUAGAUUGGGUAGAUAAAUUGGAUGUUUUACGACAUAUUUUAUACGGACUUGUCGAUAUUCAUAAUAGAG